CGAUGUCGAGCUACCGGCAGGCAGCCAUCGCAGCAGCAGAGGGGAGGAGGAAGAGCAAUAGCAGCAACGGGAGGAAGAUGAGUGAGAGGAAGAGAGGGUAGGGGCAAAACGGACGCGAAACGGAAAGACGAAGACGAGGGUAGGGGCAAAACGGAAAGACGAAGAAGAGAAGGGAAGGGUAGUGAAGCGUGAGGCGGCGAGGGAUGGCGACUCCUCUUGAUGCAAGUCUGGAGCUCAACGGUCAUGAUAAUCACGAGGAGCAUCAAAAGAACGAGGAGCUAGGAGAGAAAGCGGCGGCGGCGGCGGCGGCGGAGGAGGAGGAGGAGGAAGCUGAUCUGAUUCGGGAGUUCAUGGUGGACAUGAGCUGCGAGCGGUGCGCUGUCCCCGUCCGCAAACAGCUGACCUCACUGCCACGUGUCAAGUCCUUCGAGAUCCACGUGCCCGAUCAGGUUGUCCGUGUUUUGGGUACAUCAACCCUCAAGAGUUUGGAACGGGCUUUCGAAUUGGCGGGAAGAAAGUGUCGACUGAUUGGCCAAGGAUCGCCUGAGCUGUACGAGAUAUCUUCUGCCGUUGCAGAAUUCAAAGGCCCAGAGGUCUUCGGAGUUGUUCGAUUUGCUCAAGUAUCUCAGGAGUUAGCGAGAGUGGAGGCUGUGUUUGAUGGAUUGACAAAGGGACUAGGAGGAGGAGGAGGAGGAGGAGGAGGAGGAGGAUGUGAAGGAGGAGAAGGAGGAGGUGAAGGAGGAGGAGAAGGAGGAGGAGGAGGAUGUGAAGGAGGAGAAGGAGGAGGUGAAGGAGGAGGAGAAGGAGGAGGAGGAGGAGGAGGAGGAAUUCAUGGGUUGUCGAUUAAUGAGUAUGGCGAUCUGACUAAUGGUGCAGAGAGCACCGGCAAGUGCUAUGGAUUCAGAGGCGAUGGCGGGCUUUCCGUCUCCGAAGAGCCACUGGGAUGGCUGGGCAAUUUGAAAGCCGACAAAAAUGGGCAUGCAGAGUACGUACGGACGUGUAAGAAUCUGCAUGUUGCUGAUCUGAUUGGCAGAUCCGUUGUCGUAUAUGAAAGGGAGGGAGUUCGAGGGCCGAGGUUGACGGCAACGGUAAUUGCGCGGAGUGCGGGGGUCGGGCAGAACUACAAGAAGAUCUGUCUCUGCGAUGGAACUAUUAUUUGGGACGCGACGAAUAAGUUAUGAUUUUUUUUUUCUUAAUUUUUUUUUUUUUUUUUUCCCAGUGAUUGUUGUGGGGACCAAAAAAAAAAGAAAAAAAGAAAAAGCUGUGAUUUCCCUUUUUGAAUGAUCGCGGCGGCGGUCUAGUGUCAUGCGAAGGAAAAAAACGCGGGGAUGAAAAGAAAUGGCGGGGAAAAGGAAAAAAAAAGGGAAGAAAUCUGUUACGUUUUGGGGCAACGAGAUGUUGUUGAUGAUGACGAUGAUGAGGAUGAUGAGGAUGAUGAUUAGAUAUGCGGAUGGUGAAAGUCGCGAUCGGGACGAAUGGGCGGAGGAAAUUGCGAUCGCGACGGCAUUCUCGGAGGGCAGCGAGCAAACAAGCUGUGAUUUUUCUCUUUUUUUGUUCAUUUUUUUUUUCUGGUGUUGUAUGUCUCGAUCGCGGCAGUGUUAAUCUGUCAUGCGAAUCUGUAAAAAAAAAAAAAAAAAAAAGGACCCUGUCACGUCUUCUACGACGAGAUUGAUGUAAUUGUUCUUUGUUGAUGAUGAUGAUGACGACGAUCCCGGCGCUGCGGAAGUCGCGAUUCACACGAUUUGAUGGGGAGAUCGGUAGGUAUCGCGAUGGCGGGCUGAGGGAUGCGCGUCGAAUGAGCAGGCUGAGUCUCCCGACUGUCAUCGCUGUUCUCUGUCACUGACUCUUACAUCGAGAAAAUGGUGAUGGUGGCGGUCCUCCUGCUGCUCCUGCUGCUGCUGCUGCUGCUGCUGCUGCUGCUGUUGAUGAUGAUGAUGAACUUGUGAUCUUUUGAUGACAAUGGCCGCCAUGGCGAAGGUGAACGGUCCACCUGGACUAUGUUUUUUUCUUUCUUCGUUUUUUUGGACUAUCUUUUUUUCUUUCUUCGUUUUUCGUUGUUUUUUUUCUUUCUUCGUUUUUCGUUGUGCGUGUUGUUGUGUUUUGUGAAUGCCAUCCGUAUUCUUCAGUGGAGCAGACCUGCCGAAUCUAAGCCGACAACAUGACCAUGCAACACACGUGUGAGAUGAAAGAGAGGUGGGAGAAAAGACAUACAAGAAGAAUAGUCAAAACCCCCGAGUGCAGUGGAGCCACGUUGUCGGUGGCGAUGGCGAUAGCGACGACGAUGACGACGUCGAUGACGACGACGAUGACGAUGACGAUGACGAUGAUGGCUAUGGCUAAAGCUAUGGCGAUGGCGAUGGUGACGCGUGAUGACGAUGAUGGCGAUGGCGAUGGCGUACAAGCUUGAAUGCGACGGCGAUGACGAUGACGAUGAUGGCUAUGGCGAUGGUGAUGGCGAUGGUGAUGCGCGAUGACGAUGAUGGCUAUGGCGAUGGUGAUGGCGAUGGCGAUGAGCGACGACGAGGAUGACUAUGGCGAUGGCGAUGGCGUACAAGCUUGCAUGCGAUGGCGGUGUCUCCGGAGGUGGUUGUGGGGAGGGAAGGGGGAGGAGGAGAAGGAGGCUGAUGGGAUGCUCGUGAUCGCGAUGAGUGAUAUCUUCAACGCGAUGGUGGCGUUGACGGAUAAUGUUGUUUUCGAUUUUUAUUAUAAUUAAUGAAAAUUAUAAUUAAUU